GUAUGAUUGAGGUCUCUUUCUUUUGGGUUGCUGAAAAAAAGGAUAAUUGAACGUUUUUGCAUAUAAAUUUCGUUACUUUUUAAUCAUGCAAUUCUUUUUCUCUUCCAUCGUUUCAAUAAGCAUAAGAGAUUAUGACGCGUUUUUUUUUUUUUCUUGCUGUGAGAAUAUAGCUUUAGCGAGAUUGGGGGUUAUUUUGAGAAUCUCCUCUGGGUUUGAUUACGAGUAUGUCUCAUUCAUUGCGGAAGAUGAAUUGUUGCAUAAAAUUACUAGCUGGGUUUAAACUCUAGAAUUGGGUUACUUGGUAUUGAUUUUAUUGUUUUUUUGUCUCUCAUUCUAGUGUACUGAAUCAAUUAUUUGCAGGGAAUUUUCAUGUUUCGAUUUGAUCGUGAAAAAGCUUGUGAUGAGAUUUUUAAGUAUUGCUGGGCAUGACAGAAACGUGUUUUACUUGCGUUUCCAAGAUCCUGAAUUAAAUUGUUAUUAACCCUUGCCUGGUUAUUUGUUUGCAAAAUCUUCAGCAAUGGCUGCAAAGAUUCUUGCCAACUUGAUCGUGAUGGGCUCUGGAAUAUUAGCCAGGGCUUUUGUCCAGGCAUUCCGUCAGGCACUAGCAAAUGCCUCAAAAUCUGGUGUUGCGCAAGAAAUAGUGCAGAAUUUGAGAAGAGCAAGCAAGGUAAUGGCUGAAUCUGAAGCUAGACAGAUUCUUGGUGUCACUGAGCAGGCUUCGUGGGAGGAGAUCUUGCAGAAAUACGAUAAUUUGUUUGAUCAAAAUGCUAAGAACGGGAGCUUUUACAUCCAAUCAAAGGUUCAUAGAGCCAAAGAAUGCUUAGAAGAAGUGUACCAAAAGAAAGCUCAGGGUGGAGAGACAUAACAAACAAAGUUUGGUGGAGCUAAAGAAUGUUUGGAAUGAUUACGAAAGAAAAGCAGUGGGAGUUGCAUAAGUGGCGGUCAUCAUUGAUUGUGCUACUUGUAAUCCCUAUUAGUGAUCAUCAUGGAAGCAACUCUACAAACUUUUGAAUAUACAGGCGAGGGAAGUUCUCAGUUUGUUACUUGAAUUGUAGGAUUGAAGUGUGGAGUAUUGAAGUUUACUUCCGUGCCUUGCUAAUAAUUAACCAACCAACCUAGUGUCUAUAUUGAAAUCUAUAUCUUGUUUUUAGUUUUUGCCAUUGAUAUUGUAUCCAACUUGGUUAGGCAUGACAAACAGUCUAGUCUUGGACUGUUAUGUGGUCUACUUGUUGGCCAAAUUGAGGCUGGGGGUCAGGGGAUGAGAAGGACGAAAAUGUUUGUGCUAAGAUUGGUUCCGAUCAAUGGGAACUUAUUUUGUUUUUUUUCU